AUGGUUUUCCCUAUACUGCCAGUGUUUGGUAAGGAUUUGAAUUUGGCCUCGAGACCAUAUAUUAAGCUAGUGAAUCAAGCAGUUUUGGAUUAUACUGUCUCCAAAGAAGACAUCAUUAAAUUUGUAAAGGACUCUCAAUUGCUAUUUGUAGGUACCCUAUUGAGCUCUGGUAAAUUUAAGGAUGACGAAGUAAUUGAGAUUCUAAAUAAUGGGGUUGCUGUCUUGUUUAUCGAGGACCAUUCAUACGCUGGCUACUUGGUCACUGAAGUUGGCAUCCCUCAGGAGAGAAUCUCUGUGCUAAAUGAAAACGUAUACGAGACUCACUUUGUUAUUGUCAAUAAGUUCAAUGCAAAGACUCAAUUGGUCCCAGUUGAAGAAAUCACCUCCUCAACUCUAAGUCAAACACUGAUCGAUUCCUUGAAGACUGAUCGAGCUGAUGGCCUCUAUACCACGCUAGUAGUUGACUCUCAGGAACGUUGUCUAGGUCUGGUAUACUCUUCAAAGGAGUCCAUUCAAAUGGCUAUUAACGAGGAAUCAGGAAUCUACUACUCCCGUUCCAGAGAUGAAAUUUGGGUGAAAGGAGCCACCUCAGGAAAUACCCAAAAGCUGCUGUCGAUCUCUGUUGACUGUGAUGGCGAUGCUUUGAAGUUUGUUGUUGAUCAACAAGGUAAGGAUAGAAGUUUUUGUCACUUGAAUACCGAAUCAUGUUUUGGUGGCUUCACCCAUGGCUUAGCUAGUUUAGAGCAAUUGCUUAGAGAUAGAUUUGAAAGUGCCCCAGAAGGCUCCUACACCAAAAGAUUAUUUAAUGAUCCCGAAUUAUUGAACGCUAAGAUUAAGGAAGAAGCUGAAGAAUUGACAGAAGCUGAGGAUAAGAACGAAAUAUCAUGGGAAGCUGCAGACUUGUUCUACUUCGCUCUAACUAAACUCGUGGCAAACAAUGUCAGUCUUAAGGAUGUAGAAUCCAAUCUGAACAUGAAGCACUUGAAAAUCACCAGAAGAAAGGGUGAUGCUAAAGAUAAAUUUAUAAAGAAACAAGAACCGCAAGCUCAAAAUGAUGAAGAAUUGUCUUCAAAACCUAUUCACUUAAACGUAGUCAAAACAUCAAAUAAGAAAGAAGUAGAAGCUGCUUUGACAAGACCAAUUCAAAAAACAUCCGAAAUUAUGCACUUGGUCAACCCUAUAAUUGAAGGUGUUAGGAGUAAAGGUGACAAAGCUUUAAUUGAAUUCACAGCAAAAUUUGAUGGUGUCCAACUACAAUCUCCCGUUCUAGAAGCACCAUUUCCACCAGAAUAUUUCGAGGGUCUAACUGAAGAAAUGAAGGAAUCACUAGACUUGUCAAUUGAAAAUGUUCGCAAAUUCCAUGCGGCUCAAUUACAAACUGAAGAUCUAGAAGUUGAAACUCAACCAGGUGUUCUCUGCUCUAGAUUCCCAAGACCUAUUGAGAAAGUUGGUCUGUAUAUUCCAGGUGGUACCGCAGUGUUACCAAGUACAGCCCUUAUGUUGGGUGUCCCAGCUAAGGUUGCUGGAUGUAAAGAAAUUGUUUUUGCUUCACCCCCUCGUAAGUCAGAUGGCAGAGUUUCUCCAGAAGUUGUGUAUGUGGCUGAGAAAGUCGGAGCUUCAAAGAUCGUCUUGGCUGGUGGUGCUCAAGCUGUUGCAGCUAUGGCCUAUGGUACUGAAUCUGUUCCAAAAGUUGACAAAAUUCUUGGCCCUGGUAACCAGUUUGUUACAGCUGCUAAAAUGUAUGUGCAAAAUGACACACAAGCUCUGUGCUCAAUCGAUAUGCCAGCUGGCCCAAGUGAAGUUCUAGUGAUUGCCGAUAACAACGCUGAUGUUGACUUUGUUGCCAGUGAUUUGCUAUCACAAGCUGAGCAUGGUAUUGACUCCCAAGUUAUUCUUGUCGGUGUUGAGUUAACUGAUGAUAAGAUCCAGCAGAUCCAAGAUGCUGUCCACAGACAAGCUUUGGAACUACCUCGUGUAGACAUUGUUCGUAAAUGUAUUGCUCACAGUUCUAUCAUUGUUUGUGAUAGUUAUCAGUCUGCCUUUGAUAUGUCUAACAGAUACGCUCCUGAGCACUUGAUAUUGCAAAUUGAGAAUGCCAAGGAUUACGUUAAGCUGGUUGAUCACGCUGGGAGUGUUUUUGUGGGUGCUUACACACCAGAGUCGUGUGGUGAUUAUUCCAGUGGUACAAACCACACUUUACCAACAUAUGGGUAUGCCAGACAGUAUAGCGGAGCUAAUACAUCUACUUUCCAGAAAUUCAUCACCGCACAGAGCAUUACACCUGAAGGUCUAGACAAUAUUGGACGCGCUGUGAUGUGUGUUGCAAAAGUCGAAGGUCUAGAUGGUCAUAGAAAUGCUGUGAAGAUUAGAAUGUCCAAGUUGGGAUUGCUUCCAAAGGACUUCAACUAA